GGUACACUGACUGGCACUGGGACCUCAACUAGUUUCUAACAGACGGCAUGCUAUGAUUAUGUGUACGGAAGUCUCAUAAAAGACGAGACAGACAUGUACAUUUGGAUGCUUUAUUCACAUCACCCUUCUCCAGAUGUUGAAAGUCCAGAUAAAGUGACAGGCAGGGUUCAAAAUAAAGUGGGCCCUGCGCCGAGACCUAUGACGCAGCAAAUAUUUUAGCGGAUCAACUCAGAACAAACUGUUUUGUCAGCCAUCCCGCUGCCGGGUCUCGUCCGGCAAUCUUUCGGCCCCUCCAUAAUUUCAGACUUGACCUACCGAGCCCAUCUUACUCUAUCUCAACACAAUCUAUAUUUCGCGCUCGUAGGGAAUCAGCGCACCAUGCCAUCGACCAAGCUCCUACGAGGCAUCGCGCCUCUAGUAGCGCAACCCUCCUCGGCCGCCGCCCGCCGCCGAACAACCACAUCCCUCCUCCGUCUCCUGCACCAACCACCAUCACAACAACCUCCCCGCCGAGCAGCCCACACCACCACCUCCGGCCUCCGCCCCCGUCUCCAACCCCAAUCAUGGCACCCAACAACACCCUCUCCCCAGCAACCUAAGCGCACCAUCUUCAUUCAAACCGAACCAACCCCCAACGCCAACUCCCUCAAAUUCCUCCCCAACCACCCCGUCCUCCCCGAGUCCAUCUCCACCCCCUUCGUAGAAUACCUCUCCCCCCGCUCCACCAUCUCCCCUCCAUACCCUUCCCCCCUCGCCGCAAACCUCAUGAACGUCGACGGCGUCACCUCGGUCUUUUACGGCCAAGACUUUAUAACAGUCACCAAAUCCGCCGACGCCGUCUGGGCCCACAUCCGCCCCGAGAUCUUCUCCCUCAUCACCGAAGCCAUCACCUCCGGCCAGCCCCUUGUCAACACCUCCCAGCAAUCUGCCUCCUCCCCGUCCACAGCAGAGCAAGAGCAGGAAUCCGGGGAAAGGGACAGUCUAGAAUACGACGAAAACGACAGUGAAGUCGUUGGCAUGAUCAAGGAGCUCUUGGAAACGAGGAUCCGCCCAGCGAUUCAGGAAGAUGGAGGGGAUAUCGAAUUCAGGGGUUUUGAGAAUGGCAUCGUCAUGUUGAAACUCAGGGGCGCGUGCAGGACUUGUGAUUCGAGCACGGUUACGCUCAAGAAUGGGAUUGAGGGCAUGUUGAUGCAUUAUAUUGAGGAAGUUCAGGGCGUGGAACAGGUGCUUGACGAAGAGGAGGAAAUCGCCAUCAAGGAGUUUGCCAAGUUUGAGGAGAAGCUCAAGGCGCAAAAGGGAGCUGUUCCCGAGUCGACUGGGAAGGGUGGGUUGGAUAGUGUACCUGGUUAAGAUCUGGGAAUGCAGGAAGUUAUAGGUUGUAUGAAAUAGGUGGUUUCAAAGCUUAUUGACCUAAUGGUGUGGACGGGGGAGUCUUGUAUGCUCGUGUAAAAUGCUGGAAAUAGCGAUAUCAUGUGUGCUGCUGAAUAUCAUGUAGCAGAAUUUAAAUAAAUGCCCAGCUGGUGGCUGUUAUGCGGAUCGAGAUGUUAUUUCACAAAGUAGCUC